ACUGGAUGAGCUUUAAGGUUCCUUCCAAGCCAAACCAUUCCAUGAUUCUGUGAUUCUCUCAGCCUGGUGAAUUGCUGGACUCUGGCUGGCUCCUGUUGUUUUUGACCAGGAAUCCCAUCCCACUCCAGAGGUGAAUUUCCCACUUGGAACAUUUCUGCAAAAUUGGGACAAAUCAGUAUUUCUGUGAAGAGACCAAAAGCCCUGAGUCUGCUCCCAAAUGAGUCCCCAGAGAUGGUGAAGGGGCUGUGCUGGGGUGGUGCCAGCUGGGUUCCUGCAUCCUUAAAAAUGUGCCUUUGCUCCAGGUGGGGAGGAGCUGUGGAAAACCCUGCCAGGGAGAUGGGGCAAUCUGGGAGCAGCUGUUUGGAAUGUGAGCUGUCAGGAGCUCUUGUGCAAGCAAUUAUCCCAACAGAACUCUUUUCUUGUGGCUUAUUUUUUCAGCUGAAAUCGUUACCACACCAGGACCCUCCUGGCGCUGCCCAGCGGGGUGUGGGAUGGGCUGUGUGCAUCCCGGACCUUCCCGCUCCCCGUGUCUGGGAUAUCGGAUCCCAGCUGCUGGGAAAUGGCCUGCAUGGAGCAGGGAGGCCGUUUCUCCCACCCCAGACUGUCUGGACUCCCUGUCUGCCCUCUCCCUAAUGCACUGUCUGGAAAGCUGCCUCCUUCCUUGGGGCUGCUCCCAGGGGAGGCUUGAUGGGCUUAAUUCAGCUACUAUUGCAGCAAGGUGAUUAAUAAUUGAAGAAAUGAAGUCAUUGCUGAGUAGAGAUGGAGGAAAGGAGGGCAUUGGACAAAGGACAGUGAGGGCUUUGUGCUCUGGACCUCUCCCACCCUCUGCCCAGCACGGAGCAUCCUGCCCCUGAACCCCACAGCGAGGGACCACGAGGCUUAGACCUGUCUUAGCUGCCCCUUCUUGCUGAAGAGCAGAGUCACAUUCUCCUCUUCCCUGUCCAGGGCUCAGAGCCCACUUUGGGACCUGGGCAGGAGCAGAGGAGGGCAGCUGGGUGUUUCUCCCAGCUGCUCCUGCCUCCUCCAGGAAGGGGCUGGAACAGGAUGGAGCCGGGAUCCAGCCCAUGGGCUGCAGGUCAGACCCCCCUGGGCUGGCCUAGCCCAUGCAGUGUCUCUGCUGGAAUGUGCUGUGGGGCUCUGCAGGGGUUUGGGGGUUUUCCAGUGGGAGAGGGUGCCUUGUUUCCAGGCACUGAGAGAGGGGGAGGCACGGAGCUGUUUCUGUGGGGGUCUGUUCCUCUGCCUCAGGUUCCACCGGGAGAUGAUGGGGAAGGACUGGAAGUGAGCAGGGUGGAGGUGGGCUCUGCUCUUCUCCCCCACUAGCAGGUCCUUUUUGGAAGCCGUGGCUGGGGUUCACCUGCUCUGGUGCUCUGUCCUCGCUCCUGCCCUGGAGGCUGAACUGGAGGGUGAUGGCAGAGCCCCUCAUGGGGGUGUCUGGCCUGUGUGGGGACAUUGUCUUCCCCAGUGCCACCCACUGUCACAUUCCUGGGGCAGGAGGGUCUGGCUUGGGCUUGGGAACAUGGUCACCUUCCUUGCUUCCAGUAGCUCCCUGGAUUGUCUCACCUGAGUAUCCUGUGCAGGAUGGAGACCAUGGAGAGGACACUGGGCAGCCCAGUGCUCUGCAGAGUGUGACACCCCUCAGGUGCUGCCUCAGGCUGGGCAGGGAGCAUCCUUCAUGCCCUGAGGCUCCUGUGCACAGCUCCUGCUCCACCAGGACAGCCUCGGAAAGAACCUGCAGCCAAAAGGAAGGAGAAGUGGCAGGAGAGGGGCCAGAAGGGACUGCAGUGGCUUUGGGCCCUGCCCAGGGCUCAGGGAUGCUCUUUUCCCAAGGACUCAGAGCUAAAGGCUCCUUUUCCAACCUCCUCCCCAGCCAGAGCUGGGAGAGUCCCAGGGUGCUGCUGGGCCUGGCCUGGGCUCAGGGAGAGCACAGACUCCCCUUGUUCCAGCAGGAAAACAGAGGCACAGAGAGUUCCACAGUCCUCCCUCUGUUAUCCUGCUGGCUGUGCCAGGGCACAGGGCUUUGAGCUAAGAUCCUGCUCCUUUCCCCCUCCAGAGGUGGGGAAAAAUGGAUCCCCUUCAAAUAUGGAUCCCAAAUCCCUUCAGCAGCCCCUUUGGACACCCCAAGGCACAAUGUCCUGAUCCCACCCCAGCAGACACCCCGUCCCUAUGGGGGCACAUCUGGAAAGCCCCUCAGGGAGGGCAGUGGCCGUGACAAACCUUCCACAAACCCAAUCCUGAGCCCCAAACACAGCCCUGCCCUGGUGAUGGGGUGAUUUGCUCAGACCCUGGGAUAAAAACACCUUCUGAGCCCAAGUGCCCACCUGGAGGGCAGGUUGGUGGCAGGGUGGUGGUCCAGACCUGGCAGGAGGGUCCCUGAGGAGCAAGGAGUGUGCCAGGAGGAGGAGAUGUGUGUGUGUGGGUGUUCAUCUUUGGUCCCAGUUUUUGAAUGUUUUGGGCAAACCAGAUGCUGCUGCUGAGUUUUUGGCUGCUCGUGCUCCCAAAGAACCCCUGGGCUGCUCCAUGGGGCAGGGACAGUCCUGGAGCAGAACCUGGGAGAGCACUGGGGGCAGAGCAACCUGGGAUGGGAGAGGGUCUUGGAGAGGAGUGCUGUCCAUGGGGCCCUCACCUCUGUCCUGCUGAGGUCUCCUGCUUGCCCAGGAGAGUUGUAACCCCAAAACAUCACCUGAUGUGUUUUCUGCACUGCAGCCUCAACAGCUGCCUCUGCUUAUCCAGGAAUUCAAAAGCAAAGCUGAGCAGGUUUCCAUGUGGAUCUGUAGGAGAAGACUUGAACCCCACAGGGACCUUGGGCUGUGGGGGUGGCUGCAGGUGAGAAUCCAGCUUGGGAGCAGGACCUGGAGGUGGGAAGUGCUUGCCAUCUGCUGGAGAGCUUCCCCUUGGCACAGGCAGCAGGUCCAGCUGGAGCAUCCCACAGAGCCCAGGUCUCUCCCAAGGCAAACUUGCUUUCACAGAAUCGUUAAAGUUGGAGAAAACCUCUGAGAUCAUCGAGUCCAACCUCUGACCCAUCACCACUUUAGCAACUAGACCAGAGCACUGAGUGCCACCUCCAGGGCAUCCUCUCCCAAUGUCUAUUCACCCUUUCUGUAAGGAAAUUCUUCCCAAUCCUUCCUUUACUUCUCUGUUGUGAGACAGCUUUGGCUGCCAGAGCGGGAUCACUGAGGAAAGGGUUAUUGUGUAGGAUUUGGGGUGUGCAGGGUUGGGUGUGGGAGCCCUGUGCUGCCCCUGGGGCAGCGUGGGGAGUGCAUGGGGCAGGGGCUGUGGGUCUGCAGAGCCAGUCUAUCCCUGUCUUCCCUUUAUGAUACAGGAAACCUUCUCCCUCCCCACAACUCCCCGAAGGAGGCUGUGGUGAGGUGGGGAUCGGGAAAUGGCCUUGAGUUGUGCCAGGGGAGGUUCAGGUUGGAUACUGGGGAAAAUUUCUUCACUGAAGGAGUGGCCAAGCCCUGGUACAGCUGCCCAGGACUGUGGUAGAGUCACCAUCCCUGGAGGGGUUUAAAAGAAAUACAGAUGUAAUGCUCAGGGACAUGGUGGCCUUGGCAGUGCUGGACUCAAUGAUGCUGGAGGUCUCUUCCAACCUUGAUGGUUCUGUGAUUCCAUAAUUUCCAUGAGCCCGCAUCCACCAGUGCUCUCGUGGAACACUGUUUUCUAGAUCCCUGCAAGUCCUGACUUGCAGUCCCCUGUACUUCCAGCUGGUGACAACAGGAGGCAGAGUGUGCAAGGGCAACACUCCCUGUGGCAGCCUCGGGUCCUGCCUCUAUCAAACCCGACACCAAAUGGUUUUAUCUUCAUUCCUCUGAACCUCAUCUGCUGUAGAUAAACCAGUCACGCUGUGCUGUACCUGCCAGGCAAGCCCUGCUCAGCUCCAGGCUCGUGGGUGCUCGGUGCAGAGGGUGUUUUGGGGGAAACAAAGGCAUCAUUUGGCUGGAAUUUGGGACAGGCUGUGUCUUCCUGGGAAGUGCCACCAAAUUUCUGGCAACCUCCUGCUUCUCUUGGUUCCAUAGUGAGGCUUUUUUGGUGCCCCAAAUUGGUUUUGGAAGAUUACAGGAGCUGUAGCAGUGUGUUUGUGCCUCGCUGUGGGCUUAGAAACUGUUGGUAUCUUUGUGCUGACAUUUACCAAAAAUAUUCAUCUGGAGGCAUAUCCUGGCGUAUAAAUUUCAGUCCAGGGAUUUUAAUGGGAUUUCACAAUGGGAUUUCACAAUUUCACAGCCCUGAUGGUCCUGUAGGACCAACUGUCCUGGGUAAUCAGAUGAACAGUCCUAGAGGAUGCAGACUAAGGGUCCAUCUAGACCAGCCUGAAUAUCUCCAGAUGUGGCCACGGCAGGGACCUUGAAGAGAAAGGCCAAUAUCUGUGCUCCCAAUCUGGAAUGCACUCCCAGCCCCCAACCAUUUUCAUUUUCCAAAUUGUCUUUGAGCUUCUCCCUCUGAAAUUCAAGGCCUGACUCAGCCACUUGGAAAUUUCCUUGAGAUCACCAUGUUCCUUGGCAAGGAGCUCCUUGUGCGAAGAGCUUCCUUCUGUUCCUUUUGAACCUGGCUCUUGCCAGCUCCAUUGGAUGGUCCAUGGUUCCUGCUAAGGAGAAACAGGGACUAUUUGCUUUGUCCCUCUUUCUAGGCCCACUCAUCAUCUUGCAGACUUUAAUUCCCACGUGGAAAGUCUCAGUUCUUCUCAAAAGUACAUCUCAUCCAAAUUCUUGCUUGGAGCUGCCCCCCCUGUGAUCUCAUACCUCCCCCAGUCAUUCCAUUUCCAGCUGAUUUGCUCCCAGUUAUACCCAGUUUCCCACAUUAGUGGUUAGAGGUGGUGUGGUGGAGCCUGCUGCCUUCAGGGCUGAGCAGAGGCUUCCUCCUGCAUCCCAAAAGUGUCCUGGUGAGGGAUCCAAAGAUACCACGUGUGAUUUCUAUCAAUAGAUGAAACACACCAUAAGGCAGAGGUUUCACAGCCUCCAUAAAUAGCCACUCUUUAGGAUGUGUGAUGUGGAGGAGGUUUUAGAAAUCAAAAUAUUUAGAGAUUCACAUUAUUUGUCUUGGCAGGAUGGAGCAGCCAAGACUGAAAUACAGAACCUUCGAGGAAGGAACAGAGUUGAGGAAAACAGUGAAUAGGGGGAAUAGCAGAGGUGUCAAAACCUCCAGGAGCUCCUUUUGGGUGAAUGGAAGCAGGAAACCUGGUGUGUCUGAAAGGAGGGAGAAUUCAUUGACAGUGUUGAGGCACAUUUAUAGUCCUGAUAGAAAAUACUGAUUUUUUCCAAACAAAUCUUGACAUUUUGAUCAAACCUGUAGCUGAAUGUUGCAAGAACAUCCAGAACACUCAGCUAAAAGCAGCUCUGAGCUGGGCUGUGUUGGUGUGAGCCAUCAGCGAGGAGGCUCCAGCUCAUUCCCCAGCCUGUUCUCCUCCUCUCAGUUUUAUUCUAGUCCCUGUGUGGAGAUGUGUCAGAGGAGUGGAAGGUUGGUCUGAACAGGGGACGUGUUGGGUCUGAGUGUGCUGGUAGGAGCAGGGGGUGGGAGGGGUGGAUGUUGGUGGCCCCUGGGUUGGCAGGUCAUCAUGAUCCUCUCCUCAUCUCAGCCCGAUCUCAACCUCACCUCUCUGAGUGUUUCCCAGUCUCCCAGUCAGUCAGAUCUGUGUCCAAGCCUUUUUCUAGCACCUCCAGCCUCAACCUGCCCCCUGUACCCUCAGGCAGGGCUGUCAGCCGAGGUGUGUGACCUUUUUGUCACCUCCCCUGUCUCCUGUGCAUGGCCAGCCCUGUGGACAGGGGACCAGGAGUUUCAUCCACACUUUCCCCAGCACCCCUGAGCAGCGAUGGGGGAAAGAGGAUGCCAAGAGCUCCCAAAGCAGGGGAAGUGUGGGAGCAGGGUGAGGGGAACCCUCAUGGCUGGGCUGGAGUUGUGGCAUGGCUGGAUUGGGAAUGGGGAUGAUUGGGAGCUACUGUGCCUCUGCUGGAGGUGUGGCAUGGCCAAAGUGGGAAUGGGGAUGGAUGGGAGCUUAAUUUCCCUUUGAGUUCCUCCUCUGGGUUCCUGCAAGGCCUCCACUUUGGGCAGGGGCUUCUAUUUUGUGAUCAUCCUCAACAGAGAGACAGGACCCCUUUUGUCACUGGACCAUCAGGAAUGGCAACCUGCUCUUGUGGCUUUCCCAUCGUGCUGUGGUUGUCCAGCACCUGGACAUGUUCAUUAGCACCAUGGAGACCUCACUCCUCCUCCACUCUCCUGAGGCUUUUCCUGGGAGCCAGCAGAGCCCUCUGGUAGGGAUGGAGCAUUUCCAGCAGGAGUUUUUCUGCCAGUGCAGGGACACCAUUCCUGACCCAAACAACAUGGGCUAAACCAGCCAGUCUCUUCUCUGUGUGUCUGUGACUGGUGGGACAAUGACAGAGCAGUGUCAGGAGGGUGUCGGUGCUGGAACCAAAUGAUCAUCUGAGCCAACUCUGCUGUGCUGAUGUGCUCAUGAGCUCCUGACCCUCUCUGUGAGCAUCAGUGGCUGAUUCCCGUGUCCAGGGAGAACUAAGCACUAUUUUAGCUGUCACUGGUGAUGUAGCAACAGAACCAGUUCCCUAAGGACCAGCUGCAAGGGAUGGCCAAGGGCAGAAGAGGAGCCCAGAUCUGGGAUGGCACCACGCUCCAUCUUCUGCUCUGCACGUUUAUGCACCGAUGGCCUUCAGGGCCCCAUGGAGGAAGCCCCUGUUGCCUCAGGGCAGUGCUGCAAGUGGGACCCAGCAGGGCUGUUGUGGGCACUGCCUGGUCAGCCUGGCUCAGGAACGUUCCCUGCUCCAGUUGCUGUGGCAGGGGUGGAAUGUCCCGUUUGCCCGUGACGCAGAUGUUCUGGGAAACACGAGUGUGUGGCAACCACGGCCGCUCUCCGUCCACUGCCGCGACUUCCAGAGAAGAAAUCCACCUACUGAUUCUCUGAAUCGCUAAUUCUGGGUUCUCUAGAGAGUCCUUUGGUCAGGGGAAAGGAAGCGAUAGGUCACAUCCUGUUCUCUCUCCUUUCAUGGUAUCAUACCAUUGAUGGGCACUGCUCUCACUGGAGCUCUGGAUGGUUCCUCCCCAGGCCCAUGUGGUGUCCCUGACACAGCACUUCUCCCAUUGUGUCAUGGCUUUCACCAGUGUUUCCAUCACAUUUCCAUUUUUGGUCACUGUCUCCCUCUUAUAAAGAGGGCUGUACCCAGGGAUCCCACACCAGGCACAGCCAGGGGCACCUUGCACCAGUCCAGCCUGACUCCUACAGCUCAUCUCCACCCAACAGGACCAUGAAGACCUUCACAGCAGCCCUUGCUGUACUUUUUGUGGCUGUCCUCUGCUACCAGGUCUCCUCUUCUCCAAGUGAGUCCAAGCUCUCCUCUCCAAGGAGCUCUCUCCUCUUUCUUUCUGCUGUACAAGGUCUAGUAAUGCUUGGCAGCUCUCCCUUCUCAGCACCUGCUGUGGGAAAGGAGAGACAUGCCUUGCCUUGGCUCCUUGAGCGGAGGGUGGCUGUGGUGGGAGCCCACUGUGGGAGCAGCACUUCCUCCAGUGGGCAUCUUCUUUCUCUCAACCAUUUUGGUCCCUGCUGCACUGAGUUCAUCACCAGACCGUUGCCCUUGAGACUUGUGAAGAGCUAUGAGCACACAGGCAGCCACUGCUCCCAGCCAGCUGUGAUAUUCACCACCCUCAAGGACAAGCUGGUCUGUGCCAACCCUGAUGAGAAGUGGGUCCAGGACAUGGUGACUCAACUAAAGCACAAGGAAGGCAGUGGAUGAGCAAAGCCCUGCUCCCUCCAAGCAUUACCUCAGCAAGGACCUGCUCUCAUGGGCACCUCGAGACAAAUCCCUGCUUUCUCAUUGCCUGGGAGUUUGGCAGAGUAUUUAACACAGUGCUUAGCUCUUUUAUUUAAGUUUCUGCAAAGGCAAUCUUAAUUUAUUUGACGUUUUCAGUGAAACUUUUCAUUCUCGUUUGUACUGAUGGUGUUGAAGUUAUUUUUGCAUAAUAAAAAGAAGCAAAACCUGCAGCUUCUCCCACUGGUUCUUGGGAUGCUCCACGGAGACUGCGGAGGGCAGCAGUGACUGGGUCCAGGCUGUCACUCGGGGUCUGUGGGUGGUGGGGUGGCACUUGGCUGUCCCUCAGCCCCUCUGUGCAUCCUGCCUGUCCCUCCUGCCUCCUGCCAGGCUGUGCCUGAGCCCCGUCCUGGCCCAUACCCAAGCUCCCGCUUUCUGUGGUGAGUGGGUGUCCUGGAGGAUGUUUUGGUGUGAUGAGGUGAGGGGGUCACUGACCC